UGACAGUUGCGAAGAUUCAAUAUGGUUCCAUAGGUCUGAAGUUUUCGUUUCUGAUUUUUUUGCAGUGACAAAAUCAAAUUGUUAUGAUUUUCAGUAGUGGUUCAUAUAAAUAUAUAGUCGUGGUGAUGACAACUUGAAAUUCUUGGUUUUAUAACACAGUGUGAACCCUACGCAAGAUUUCCAGCUACAUGGUAGGCCCCACCAUCGAAAAUUUGUGUGAUAGUUCAAACAUUCCAGACGUCUUAUAUGUCAGAUACAGCCGUGACAAAAAGUGCGAAAAACUGGAAACAUUGGACAAUCUCCCCGAUUCGUUUUGUGGAUAGUGCUCGUUGACCUUCCUCAUGCCUAGAUUGCCGGUGGUGAGCGACUGCUCAGCCGGACAAACGGCUCGAGUCAGCUCCAACCUGCAUCCCACGAGCACCAUGGCCGUGAGUCGCGUGCCAAGUCCGCCGCCUCAGGAGGUCAACACCCCAGUCGCUGAGAAUUGGUGCUACACUCAGGUUAAAGUUGUCAAGUUCAGCUAUAUGUGGACCAUCAACAAUUUCAGUUUUUGCCGAGAAGAAAUGGGCGAAGUGUUAAAAUCUUCAACAUUUUCUGCCGGUGCGAACGAUAAAUUGAAGUGGUGUUUACGUGUGAAUCCUAAAGGUCUAGACGAGGAGAGUAAGGAUUACCUGUCGCUUUAUCUUCUGCUUGUUUCCUGUAACAAAAGUGAGGUUCGGGCGAAAUUCAAGUUCAGCAUAUUGAACGCGAAAAGGGAAGAAACCAAGGCUAUGGAGAGUCAGAGGGCGUACAGAUUCGUGCAAGGAAAAGACUGGGGUUUCAAGAAAUUCAUCCGGAGGGACUUUCUUCUCGAUGAGGCAAAUGGUCUUCUUCCAGACGACAAGUUGACGAUAUUCUGUGAGGUUAGUGUUGUGGCUGAUAGUGUGAAUAUUUCUGGCCAAUCGAACACGAUACAGUUCAAAGUGCCCGAAUGUCGACUGUCGGACGAUCUGGGUCUGUUGUUUGAAAACCAAAAAUUUAGUGAUGUUACAUUAUCAGUGAGCGGUAGGGAAUUCCAGGCGCAUAAAGCAAUACUAGCAGCACGGAGUCCUGUUUUUCAAGCCAUGUUCGAACACGAGAUGGAAGAGAGGAAACACAACCGAGUUGACAUACUGGACGUCGACCACGAGGUGCUCAGGGAGAUGCUCCGUUUCAUCUAUACCGGCAAAGCCUCGAACCUGGAGAAGAUGGCGGACGACCUCCUAGCCGCCGCCGACAAAUACGCCCUGGAACGACUGAAGGUCAUGUGCGAGGAGGCGCUCUGCACCAAUCUGUCGGUGGAUAACGCGGCCGAGAUCCUUAUUCUCGCCGAUCUGCACAGCGCCGAUCAGCUCAAGGCGCAGGCCAUCGACUUCAUCAACACGCACGCGACCGACGUGAUGGACACGCCCGGCUGGAAGUCAAUGAUACAGACGCAUCCCCACCUGAUAGCGGAGGCGUUUCGCGCCCUCGCCACCCAGCAGAUACCGCCGAUCGGACCGCCGCGUAAAAGGGUGAAACAGAGCGGCGGUUCGUGAUAACGCCACGGCGGCAGAUCGCGCAAGACGACGAGGACCAUUCUCGAGGCCGACGGCGACGACGACGACGAUAACGACGCGUAGACGCGCGACGGGAGCGCGGCGCGCGUGUCCGCGUCCCACCGCAACCGGCGUCCGUGUUUGCGGCCAUCUCGUGGGCGAAAUCCGCGACUCGUAACGACGAUCGUGUAAAGGCUGUUCUAUUUUACCGCGCAGGACGAUUGUUGUUGUUGGACCACUACGUCGCUUUUCGUGUCGUCUUUUUCGUUGUACAGUUCAGUGAGAUACGCGCUUUGUUUUUUUUAAUCGGGCGAUAACGAAUACUAUAUAUAUAUAAAUGACAAAUGAAUAAACUGUAAAAAAAAAACAAAUAGCCGUCGUCGUUCGGACUAUCCUGUUCGCUUGUAAAGAAAAACCAAAACCAACGCUCACUGUGCUAAUUUGUAAAAUAGUAAACGCGAUUGUGAUACAUUUAACUGAAUUUUAGGAGUUAAUUGAUUUUUUUACCAGGUCUAAGAUGGCAGGAAUGCUCUGUUUGUUUCGUUCUUUCGUUCGUUUUUAUCAUGUUUCUUUUUUUUUUUUUGUUAGUACAAAUGGGAGGUGGGAGAACGACCCCGCCUUCGGAGGGAGUUGAUCCUCGUCCUCCUUUUCAUCGCCAUCUCCGAGAGACGCUCUCUUUAUCCUCCGAAAUGACCUCCACCGUUGUUGUUGAAAUCGUUUUUGGAUUGACGUUGGUCGAUGCACUUUACUCAGGGUAGAUUUCAUUCGAAAGUGUCGAGAAACCUGGUGGAGCUGGAGGAGGAGUCGAUAUAGUUUGGUUUGAAAAUGUUGGAGGAGGAGUAGGAUCACCUCCCUCGUCUCAAAUCAGCCUAUCAAGAAGGAGGGGUUGAUCGAUCACCCGAAUAGGCUUAUAACACUGUGUACAUUUCCGGUAGAAGAAUCGAUUGUCCGAUGAAACUGUCUCAUUCGACCACCGAAACCUGUUCCUAUUUUGGGGGACUAUUCAACCUCUGUUCAUAUAUAUAUUUUUAAGUUAGAUUUGUACAUUCAAUUGAUCUCUCCGAACUUUGAAGAAAAAACGAUGAUGAUGAUGAUACUAUUAUUGUAGGAUUUAGAGAAAGUAACUGAGAAGAAUAAUCGGCAGAACAAUUGUGUGUGAUAAUCAUGGAAUAAAGAUGUUAUUUGCCAAAUUAGAGACGCAAUGAAAUAAUGACCGGUCAUCCCCGGGCGGUAUAAAAGUUUUUAGAGAAAUUUUUAUAAAAGCGAAACGUGAAAAAUUGUCAACGGUUCGUUUUCGAUCCAAAGAGGGUGUGAUAAUUUUUAAUCAGUCUGGACGAAAUUCUGUAUGUAUUUAAAAAAAUUUAAAUGAAUUUUCAGUCGGUCGAAAUCCAUUGGUGGAAUAACAUUGGCAGUUUUUCAUGAAUUAUUAUUGAACAAUAAAGGCUGUUGUAUCAGUUGUAAGUGUUGUAUAUGUGCAUAAAAUUUCAUUUCGAUGCAGAAACCAUGGUCACGACAUAUCGUAACUCUGAUUGUAAAUUUCACCAACGUGUGUGUGUCCAUACAGUUACAUUUAUUCAGUUUGUCGAUUUUUUUUCUGUUGAAAUUUUGUAAUUAUUGUAUGUAGAAAAAACAUGUUACAUUGUACUGAAGAACCGUCAGAAAGAAAUAUUUCCCAUUAAAAAUGUAAUUUCAA